AUCUGUCCUGCCCGGACUGCUGGAAGCGGCCGCAACGCCAUGUUGGCGAAGUCUCUCAUCUCUGUGAGGAAAAAAUGAUAGAAAAAAUACGCGCCGAGAAGAAAAGGUAGAUCGCCAACAGAGGUAGAAGAUUGUGGCGAUUAUUUAUUUUUGAAAGAAAAGGAACCGAGCCGGAUCCGCGGAGGUUCCGGACGGACGAGGGAGGCUAAACCUCCCACCGUCCCCAUGAGUAGCACCGCUGAUCCGAACAGCGACUUUCCAUGAAAAAAAUACGUUUGUGUUGCUAUUCGUGCUUCGUUAUCCCAGUUCGUUAAAGGGAUUUGGGGCCUGCUUCAAGAAUCUGCUACGCUUGCUCAAUGUAUGCAAGCUAGGCGUUGUUUGUAUCAGUAUUUAUUGAGGUAUUGUUUUUAUUUGUUGAUUUUUUUGCGAUGAGUUUGCCACCGAAAGUGGUCCCCAAAACCGCCGCUGUCGCAGUUAGCGGACCUGGAAGUGGCCCCUCUCCGUCGAGCCAACUGCGGGCUACCCUGACCUCCGUGUCUCUGCCGCCGGGAGCCCCAACAGCUCCUCAGCCCGGUGCUGUACCACCACCUCAGAUCCCUCGGGUUCAGCCAUCUCUGGACGACCGGAUCUUCCCCUCACAGCCCGGAGUCGCUGCAGUCUACAGUGUGAGUCCCUGCCCACAGACCCUCUCCCAAACAUAUCCACCGAGCGCCACAGACAUUGCUGUUUUUUUGAGGCAGAGCGCCCAACUGAAGUUCAGUGCAGGAGAAACGCACCAGUUUCCUCCUAAGAACAUUGUAACUUUUAUGAAGGUACCCAGGCACGCUGGCCCUCCUUACACUGCUCAUGACAUCACAAAGGGACACCCUAACUUGGCGGGCACACCACCCGGCCAUGCCCACUCCCCGGCGCUCACUCAGGUAUCCCUUCCCACAGCUUCCCAAUAUCGCUAUGCGAAGGGCUGGGAGGCAGGCGGAGGGUCUCCAUACAACCCUGGACUAAAUGCUGGUUCCGCCCCUUUAGUGUAUUCUCCCCAGACGCAGCCAAUGAAUGCACAGCCACAAAGUCGCCCGUUUGCCACGGGCCCUCGACCAACCCACCAUCAGGGAGGAUUCAGGCCCAUCCAGUUUUUCCAGAGGACUCAGAUGCAGACUGCGAGGCCCACCAUCCCUACUAACACCUCCUCCUUACGGCCCGGCUCCCAGACGCCUACAGCAGCUGUCUACCCCACCAACCAGCCCAUCAUGAUGACCAUGGCCCCCAUGCCUUUCCCCUCCCCACAGGCUGCUCAGUACUACAUCCCACAGUAUCGCCACAGCACGCCCUACGUGGGACCCCCUCAGCAGUAUUCUGUACAGCCUCCGGGUUCCGGCGCCUUCUAUCCUGGGCCGGGGCCAGGGGACUACCCUUCCCCAUAUCACCCCCUCAGGUACCACCCGCCUGUCUCACCCACGGUUCCCGCUCCCGUCCCCACAGCUGGUCCCCAGUACUACCCCGGACAGUCUGUGUACCCCCCCUCACCCCCCAUCAUAGUGCCUACACCACAGCAACCUCCACCAACCAAGCGUGAGAAGAAAACAUCCGCCCAGAUCCGUAUCCGUGACCCCAAUCAGGGCGGCAGAGACAUCACAGACGAGAUCAUGGCAGGGGGUUCAGGGAGCAGGAAUUCAACGCCUCCUAUUGGCCGCCCCUCCUCUACCCCGACACCCCCACAGCAGCAGCCGAGCAGCAGCCAGACUCCAGAGCAGCCGCAGCCGCAGCCUCCUCCGCCGCAGCAGGCCCAUCCUGGGGGCUACGCACUGGAGCCCCCGCAGCCCCCGCAGCCACUACAGCCACAGCAGCCGUCCACCACUACGGCUGCAGACACCAAACCAGGGCCAGAUGAUACGCCAAAACUGGAGCCAGUUGUCCAGAAGUCUUCCUCGCCUGGGCUUGUGCAGCCUGAAGCCCCCGUAGAGAGACUCCAGGCCAAAGCUCCCGCAACUGAGCCCUCUUCUCCCGUCGAACCAGAGCUUCCCUCCCCUGCUUUGAUGAGCGCCCCCGUCACUCUCCCUCUUUCAGUGGCCAACAACAGUGAGCGUGCCCCAGCCAAGGAAUCCACUGCAUCAGCCUCUCCUCCCUCCCCCUCGGUGGGGGAGCACAAGCCACCUCAGACUACCAACACAGACAAGCCUCUCUCCGACGCCCUGCGGACUCCGGCUGCCUCUCCAGCACCGGCUCCCAAGGCUCUGAACGGCCUUGCAGACCCCGGUGCUGAGCUGGACACGCCGGAGCCUUCUCUCCUGCCUUCAGCUGCCCCCCAGCCCCAGGCCUCGGCCCCCGCUCACAGAGAGGCCUCUUCCUCCGACGCUUUGCCCUCUGACGUGAGCCCAGAGGUGCCCGUUGCUGCUGCUGCGCUCGCCCCUUUGGCCCCUGUGGCUGUGGUGCCAGUCACCCUGACCUCAAGCCCCGCCCCCGCUUUGCCAGUUUCGCUGCCCCCCGGCCUUCCACCUCUAGUGCAGGCCACAACAGAGGCCGAGGAGCCGAGCAAGAGCUUAGACACUAAAGACCUCGUCCCCAGAGCAGGGACGGAGGCACACGGAGGCAUUACGGACAGCACAACAGAGUCCCAGCAACAAGCACUCAGCAGCGAGAGUCCCACUACAGUAAAUCAGACUGCUUCUGCUAUACCAAAGACCUGGAGGAAACCAAAUGAAGGGAUCUCUGCUGUAGACGCACCUCACAAGGAGGACCAGGACGAGCCCCGGCCAGCGGAGCAUCCUGCUGUGGAGCAGGUCCUGCCCUCGGCCCCUCUGAGCUGCAGCCCGGGGCCCCUGCCAGCAGCCCUCACCUCCAGCCCUGCUCCAGCUCCUGCCAGCAGCCCAGAGGCUGACGGGAAGCCCGCCGCCCCCGAGGAGAACGGUGAGGCCGAGACGGAGCCCAUGAGGAACGGGGCAGGUCACACCUCAGAGACAGAGAGCAGCGACGGUGGAGCCACCCCCGCUGACAAGGAGAACUCCACAGGGGCCCCACAGGACAUCGAAGACCUGGCUGAACCCGGUGGGAAGCGUCAGUAUAACAGGGACUUCCUGUUGGGCUUCCAGUUCAUGCCCGCCUGCAUACAGAAGCCUGAGGGUCUCCCACCCAUCAGCGACGUGGUGCUGGACAAGAUUAACCAAAACAAGUUGCCAUCCAGAGCGGUGGAGUCCAGGGUGAUUUCCAGAGGACCCGAUUUCACACCUGCCUUUGCAGAUUUUGGCCGGCAGAUCACCGGAGGACGAGGCGCUGCACCUAUGAACAUUGGGGCCCGGCGGCCUCCACCCAGGAAGAUCAUCAUGCACGUUCCUGUUAAUGAUGAAAUUCAGCUGAAGAAAUCAGAGAAUGCAUGGAAACCCAUCAUGAAGAGGCCGGAAGUCGUUGUAGAUGAUCCUGCGGUGCAAGACACACAGGAGCUCUUCAAGAAGGUUCGCAGCAUCCUGAACAAGCUGACGCCACAGAAGUUCAACCAGCUGAUGCAGCAGGUGACGGACCUGACCAUCGACACGGAGGAGAGGCUCAAAGGAGUCAUCGACCUGGUGUUUGAGAAGGCCAUCGACGAGCCCAGCUUCUCCGCGGCCUACGGAAACAUGUGCCGCUGCCUCGCCACGCUCAAGGUGCCCAUGACAGACAAACCUAACACCACAGUGAACUUUCGCAAGCUGCUGCUAAACCGCUGCCAGAAGGAGUUUGAGAAAGACAAGGUGGACGACGUGGUGUUCGAGAGGAAGCAGAAAGAGCUGGACUCUGCUGCAUCGACGACAGAGCGCGAGCGGCUGCAGGUGGAGCUGAGGGAAGCCAAGGACAAGGCCCGGCGGCGCUCCAUCGGCAACAUCCGCUUCAUCGGCGAGCUCUUUAAGCUCAAGAUGUUGACGGAGGCCAUCAUGCACGACUGUGUUGUCAAGCUGCUGAAGAACCACGACGAGGAGUCUUUGGAGUGUCUCUGCAGGCUGCUCACCACCAUCGGCAAGGACCUGGACUUUGAGAAGGCCAAGCCUCGCAUGGAUCAGUAUUUUAACCAGAUGGAAAAAAUCGUCAAGGAGAGGAAGACGUCAUCUCGGAUACGGUUUAUGUUACAGGACAUUGUAGACCAGAGAUUGCACAACUGGGUGUCCAGGAGAGCCGACCAGGGCCCCAAAACCAUCGAGCAGAUCCACAAAGAGGCAAAGAUUGAAGAGCAGGAGGAGCAGAGGAGAGUGCAGCAGCAGCUUCUCUCCAAGGACAGCAAGAGACGGACAGAUCCAAGAGAUCAGAGAGAUCAGAGAGAUCAGAGAGAGCAGCGGGAUCCGCGCGUGCCGAGAGAAGAGACCUGGAACACUGUGCCCGUGACGAAGAACAGCAGGACCAUCGACCCCACCAAGAUCCCAAAGAUCUCCAAGCCUCAAAUGGAUGAAAAGAUCCAGCUCGGCCCCCGGGCUCAAGUCACGUGGGUAAAGGGCAGCAGUGGAGGAGCCAAGGCCAGUGACUCAGAACUAUCACGGACGGCCGGCCUCAACCGUUACUCUGCGCUGCAGUCUACUCCUUCCCCUCAACCCUCCACCACUCCUCCACAGAACACAGACGCUGACCCCAGGAGAACUCUGGGAAGCAGUCGUAGCAGUGUGGGGAGAGACCGCGGUGAGAAGCCCCUGAUCUCCACCCCUCCAUCGUCACGGCCCGGACCCUUCACCAGGGGAGGCAGUUCCAAGGAGCUGCUGGAGAGUCCGACCCCCGAGGAGCCGCGCAGAGAGCCGGAGCGAGAGGGAGCCGAGCCCCGGAGACCGAGCGUCACCGAGGACAAGACGGAGCCGGAGCGCAGAGUCAGAGAGCCGGUGAAAGCUGAGCCAGUGGUCCCGACUUCAGACAGACCUGCUCUCUCUGAGGAGGAGAUCGAGAGGAAGUCCAAGUCCAUCAUCGACGAGUUCCUGCACAUAAAUGACUACAAGGAGGCUGUGCAGUGUGUGGACGAGCUGGACCUGAGCUCUCAGCUGCACGUGUUUGUGCGCAUCGGGGUGGAGUCCACGCUGGAGCGCAGUCAGAUAACCCGGGACCACAUGGGCCAGCUCCUCUUCCAGCUGCUGCAGCGCGGCAUUCUGCCCAGAGCCCAGUUCCACAAAGGGUUUGCAGACAUGCUGGAGCAGGCGGACGACAUGGCCAUCGACAUUCCCCACAUCUGGCUGUACCUGGCCGAGCUGCUCAGCCCCGUGCUGAAGGAGGGGGGCUUCUCUAUGAGAGGGCUCUUUAGUGAAUUAAGCAAACCUUUGCUUCCUGUGGGAAGAGCUGGGAUCUUAAUUUCUGAAAUACUGCACAUACUAUGCAAACAAAUGAGCCAUAGGACUGUGGGUUCUUUGUGGAGGGAAUCUGGCCUCAACUGGACCGACUUCCUGCCAGAGGGGGAGGACGUCCAGGCUUUCAUCUCACAACAGAAACUCCAGUUCGUUCUGUCGGACGGCUCCAGUCCGGAGACGGCUCUGUCCGGAAGGAUCUACUCUCCUGAGGAGCUGAGUCAGCAGCUGGAGAGACUCCUCCUGGAGGACAUGGCCAGCGACGAGCAGAUCUUUGACUGGGUAGAGGCAAACCUAGAUGACUCUCAGAUGAGCUCGUCCCCCUUCCUGAGGGCUCUGAUGACAGCUGUGUGUAAGGCAGCAGUGAAAGAUGAUAACACCAACUGUCGAGUGGACACGGCCAUCAUCCAGAGGAGAUUGCCUGUAUUACUCAAGUACCUUAACUCAGACACUGAGCGACAGCUGCAAGCACUUUAUGCACUUCAGAUGCUGAUCGUCGCACUCGAUCAGCCUCCAAACCUCCUCCGGAUGUUCUUUGACUGUCUGUAUGACGAGGACGUGAUCUCGGAGGAUGCUUUCUACAAGUGGGAGACGAGCAAAGACCCUGCCGAGCAGGAGGGGAAGGGAGUGGCCCUCAAGUCUGUUACGGCCUUCUUCACCUGGCUGCGGGAAGCGGAGGAGGAGUCGGAAGAUAAUUGACGAGGAACACACCCAGGGGGAGGGUGGGGCAGGGCGUAGAAGAACUGCAUACUUACAGCAGAACAAACAAACUUUCGAAAUGGGUGUAUGGGCAGGACGACAUGUUUUACGGCUGGAAUUUUUUUCUGCGGUACGGUUCUGAAACAUGCCGCCAUUUUGAGUUUGGAUUCCAACAGCUGAAGCACUAAAUACCUGUAUUAUACAUAGAAAAUAUUUUUGUUUUAAAUUUUAACUUACGUUUGUUUUGUUACUUUUUAAGAAGAGACUUAAAAGAUACAUAGGUUCCGGACUCUUUAAUUUAUUAUUUUUUUAAGGACUGCAAAUAUGAAAGUUAUUUAACAUUUGCAGAUGCUCACAAAUGAGAACAACAACAGAAAUAACAAUAUAAUUAAUUAUAAUAACAAAAUAAUAAUUGUGAAAUAAAUAGCCUCCCUGGAUUCCACACUGUUUGGUUUAAAACAGGGUAAACAAAGUUAUUUUGGGAUGAAGGGGAAGCAGAGUUAAAGAAGAGUGGAUGCACAGAAACUAUUAACGUUGUCCGUGUUUGACAUUUCCAGGUCCAAGUCUUCUCCUAACAGGCAGAAAGUGUUUCCCUCAGCCUUGGCUUGCUCUACGUUGAUAUACAUAAGCCUCAUGAGAGGUUAGAGGUAUGCAUUCAAGAAGCAAUGCAGGUCUGUCCACAGAACUUUCAAAACAAACGCAGACAAACAAACCGGAUACAUUCAAAUGAAACGAGCAAAAAAUGCAACAUUAAAAAGCAAAUGGCCAGGGUCACUCAACGUGAAAUGCUUGUAAUACUUCAAACUACAGAGCAGAUAAAACUUGUAAAUACAUUAAAGACAAAAAAGGUAUUUAAAAA